AUGCUAUAUGGGGCUAUGCUUAGCGAGCUGCUGUUAGCUUAUGACGAGCCGCUCUUAGCUUAUGACGAGCCGCUUUUAGCAUAUGACGAGCCGUCUUUAGUACUCCGUACAUUGCAUGUAUAUGCGAGAUUCUCCCAGAGCAGAAAAGUGUUUCAUGUUAGCUUAUCAUUGCAUUACCAUUUGUCUUGCAUUAACUCCGGCUUGAAGAUGGCUAUUAACUAUUUCUGGACUAGAGCAAGGAAGGGGUCCAGAACUGCGCAAUAUAGUUCCAAUGAAAGUGUGUCCAGACGUGAACGAUGA